UUUUGAACUUAAAAGAUGAGAACAACAACAGUACUGGAAACCAUUCAAUUAYCAGUCCUCAGAUUUUAUGUUGGAUCAUGACUGGACCCAAGAACCUACAAACAAGAACAAAACACAUCAGAGAAACGUGGGCCAAGCGCUGUGGCAAAGUUCUGUACAUGAGCUCUGUGAAAACGGAUUUUCCGACCGUGGAACUGAAUGUGAGCGAGGGGAGAGAAAACCUGUACUGGAAGACCAUCAGAGCUCUACAGUACAUCCACAAACACCACAUAGAUGAAGCAAACUGGUUUCUGAAAGCUGAUGACGACACAUAUGUGGUCAUGGAGAAUCUGAACUAUAUCUUAUCCAAAUAUGAUCCAGAGGAGCCGCUAUACUUAGGCAGGAGGUUUGCGCCUUUCAUCAGUCAGGGCUACAUGAGUGGAGGAGCAGGUUAUGUCCUGAGUAAGGAAGCCUUGAAGAGAUUUGUUAAAGGGUUUAGCACUGGAGAAUGCACUCAUUUCUCCUCUAUAGAAGACAUGGCGUUGGGGAAAUGUAUGGAGACGAUGAAAGUGCGGCCAGCAGAUUCCAGAGACAUGAAGGGAAGYCAAACAUUUCACCCUUAUCCUCCAGAUCAUUAUAUUGUUCGAAAGCCACCAAGACCACGACAAUGGUACCUACUGUAUGACUACUACAAGCCAAGUGAGGGUCCAAAUUGCUGCUCAGAUUUUGUGGUGUCUUUCCACUACAUCUAUGCUGUUCAGAUGCAUGUGUUAGAAUACCUUACCUACCAUUUGAGGCCAUAUGGAUACAAAUACAGAUUUAAACCUGAUGAAGAACUGGAAAUGAACAAAACUACACCAAGAUAGUUGACAGCCUARACUAACAGAAGAUGUCAGCCCAGAUAGCAAAAUAUAAGUGAAUCAACAUUGAAAUAUGGUUAGGCAUGUUAUUGAAUCCAUGUUGAAACAUUAGGUCUUCAACCAUAACUUAGGGACGAUUCUAGGGGUGGGGCCAAAGGGGCAUUGGUCCCAGCUGAAAUCUGAUUGGCCCCCUGAAGUGCCCCUGCAACUUUCACUCAUCUGUCCUACCUGACAACAAUCCGGGCCUGUGAAAAGCUGUCAGGGGCCUUGGAUGAGAGUCUCCCGUAUUGGAAACGCACAGAUUCAAAUGUUCAGGGAUAUAAGUCAUAAACUGGAUGUGAUUCUGAUGAGAAUCACAGUUCAGCAGCAUGCCCGUGAGGAGUAAGAUUACACCUGGGUGAAGUUUCAGAUGGAAAGAGAGGCGAGGAGGUAAUUGAAAUUUGGAACAUUGGCAUUUUCACCAUCACAGAGAUGCAGUUAGACUUAAAAGCAGCGAGAAAAUCAAGGCUGCUUGUCCCAAAACAAUUAUGUUUAUCUUUUGGA